AUGGCGGCGCGGAAGCAGCCCUGGAUCGCCCCCGGCGACGGCGUGGACCACCUCACCGCGCUGCCGCUCGAGCUCCGCGCGCAGAUCGUCGCCUCCCUCCCGUUCUGGCAGAUCGUCCAGCUGUCGGCGCUGUCCCGGCCGUGGCGCCGCAUCCACCACCACGCGCCCGUCGUCAGGCUCCGCAUCUACGAGUUCGUCUGCAUGGAGGACCGCUCCCGCUCCCUCCCUGGCUUCGACGAGGGCGCGAUCCUCAGCCUCCGCCUCGCCCUCGCCCGCCGCGCGCAGGACGAGACCGCGCCCAAGGUGGACACCCUCGACCUCGACUACAGCGUCGCCGACCCGCGCCACGCCGACCACCUCAUCGCGCUCGCCGACGCGCGCGAGAUCAUCCUCGACGUCCCCUACAACGGCAACCCCGCGUCCGUGCGGGUCCCGUGGAGGCUGGAUCUGCCGCCCGCGGCGCGCCGCCUGCACGUCGACGGGGACUACAUGCACCUCGCGCCCGCCAUCGCCGGGCCCGGCGCCGCCACCCUGCACAGGCUCCGCCUCGACAACGCGUCGCUCGCCGAGUGGCCGCGCCUCCCUUCCCUGCGCUCCCUGGCCCUCGACAACGUCAUCGUCCAGGCGCCGUUCACGCCGGCCGAGUGGUGCCCGCUGCUCGAGCACCUGGCCGUCUCCAUCUCCGCGGUCGAGCAGGCCCGCGUCGACAUCCGCCUGCCGCUUCUCAAGAGCCUCGACAUGGAGGACGUCGACAUCCGCCCGCACCGCGACUCCCUCGAGCCGUUUGGGGAGGUCACGAUCGACGCGCCGGAGCUGGAGGAGCUCGUGCUGACCUGCGCGUCCGGGGGCACCACGGAGUAUAGGUCGUUCACGCUAAGGGCGCCGCGGCUACGAUACCUGCGCUAUCACAACCAUAUCGCCGGCCGCGUCGACGUCGAUGUUGGCCGGCCAGGCAGCGUCAGGGCGGGCUCGAUCAGCUUCGAAACCAAUGAAGAGAUCGCGUGCCCCGAGAUGAAGCUCUGCAGGGUGCAGAUGAUGCGGAUGCUCGAGGGCCUCCUCCCGGAGCUGUCGCCGGAGGACGUCGCCGACGCCGCGAGGCCUCACAUGACGCUCGACAAGUACAGUGUGGAGAGCUUUGAUAGUGGCAAGAUGAUCCCGGAGGAGAGGCUCACCUGCGACCUCAGCGCCCUCAUGUCCUCGCUCAAAGUCUGACGAACGCCUAUUGGUGCUGCAGCCGCAUGACAGCAAACUUGCAGUGCCAACUCUGGAGUUGAUCUUAUGGAAGUCCAGCAAAGCAAGUGCAAGUCUGAACAUUUCUUGCUGUUCUAUCGUCUGCUGCAUAGACUGUAAUCGCAUUACAUUUUUCUGCUACUUCAGCGAAGUUUAGUUGAACUUAAGCAUGACCCUUUCUGAAGAUCUUAAAAUCUUUGAUGCUCCCUGCACAACGCUGUGUAGGUGACAAUUGCAAACGACAUACUUUUGGAACUCUGAAAGUGAUAUGUUGUGGAAGCUCAGCAACCGCAAGGCAUGUGGAAGCCCAAA